ACUGCCGAUAUUGUGUCAUAUUUGCAUUAAAAUCCGUGGGGAAAGGAUCUCAUCAGAACACAAAUCUAUUAGUCAGGACUGCGUUUCGAGAUUGGAAAAAAGCGCUUGAUAAAUUCAGAGAACACCAAAAUAAAAGUUACCAUAAAGACGCAAUAGAGGAUGGACAAAACUUUAAAUCAAUUUUUGAAAAUAAUAGACUUGAUGUGGAUAGCGAAAUUAAUUCAGGCCGCAAAAUACAACAACUCGAAAACAGAAAGAAGUUGAUUCCGAUCAUAAGAGCUGUUUUAUUCUGUGGCAGGCAAGGAAUAGCGUUGAGAGGACAUCGUGAUCAGGGUCAAUUGUCAUUUGAUAAGCCGGAAGAAAGUGAAGGAAAUCUUAGGGCGCUACUUCGUUACGCAAUUGAAAGUGGUGACAAAGUUUUGGCCGAUCAUUUGAUUAGUUCCGGAUUGAAUGCAAAAUAUAUAAGCUAUCGCAUUCAAAAUGAAGUUAUUGACGCUGCAGCAAAAAUACGUCCAACGCAUCAACAAAUCAGGAUUUUUUUCUGCUAUUGCUGACGAAACUACGGAUAUCAGCGGGAACGAACAAUUCUCAAUAUGUGCCCGUUAUGUUGAUACAACCGACAGACAAUAUAUUGUUCGCGAAGAUUUUUUGUGCUUUAUACUAGUUAAAGACGUAACUGGAAAAGGGCUUGCAAGUACGUUGCUGACUUCAAUGAAGGAUAUGGGCCUGAAUCUAGCUAAUAUGAGAGGGCAAGGCUAUGAUGGGGCGCGUGCAAUGAGUGGAAGAUUCAACGGCUGUGCUGCCAAGGCUUUUUAAAUUUUGCGAAACGCGUUGGGUUGAGCAUUUAGACUCCCUUAGUUUGUUUUAUGACGUUUAUGAGCAUAUAUGCUGUUCGUUAGAGAUCCUGGAUGAACAAAAUGCUCAGUUUAUUGUUUCCUUAACAGUGAUAAAGCCAAUUUUUAGCCUUUUUAAGAAUCUAAGUGAGUUUCUCCAAAAAAAAGAUUGCGAUCUCAGCAGCUGCGUAGAAUAUGCCAACCAUCUUUACGAAGAAAUUGUCGAAAUGCGACAUAAUUCCGAAACAAGAUUUGGUAGCAUAUUUACAGAAGCUAAGGAAAUGGCUGAUAAAAUGGGCUUACAAUUGGUAGUCCCACGAAUUAUUGCCAAACAGACAAAACGAGACAAUUAUGCGGGUAGUCCGGAAGAAUAUUUUCGUCGGUCUGUCUAUGUUCCUUUUUUGGACCAUUUGUUGGUUCAGUUAAAAUGUCGGUUCCUCGACCAUCGUGAAUUAAUUUCCAAAAUUCAAAAUAUUUUACCAGACAAAUGUUGCAAACUUCAUGAAGAAGAGAUGAAAAGAACUGUUGAAGUAUUUACUCAUGAAUGGCCAGAUGAUAUAAGAGGAUGUUUUGAUGAUUUUUUAGCUGAGAUGAGAAUGUGGCGCAGGUAAAAAUGUUACUCUUAUUUCUUAUAAAUUUUUUAUAGUUGUCAAUGUUAAAGAAACUAUUGUUGCAGACAUUGCUUGAGUAUGUCAGAUGAAAAACGGCCCAAAAACUUUAUAGACGCCUUAAGUGUUUGCGAUGCUUCUUUAUAUAAGACAGUUCAUCGCUAUAUGCAAAUCGGUGCGACACUGCCAGUAUCUGUGGCUACAAGUGAGCGGUCUUUCUCAUGUCUGCGCAGAUUAAAGACUUAUCUGCGAAGCAAAACCGGUGAGGAGCGGCUGAACGGCUUGAUGUUACUUAACAUCUACAAAUAAAUAGACAUCGAUUAUGACGAUGUAAUAAACAUUAUGGCAAAAGUACCAAGGCGCUUGGAUUUCACUUUGUAAAUAUUGUGUAUAUAUCUAACCAAAAAUGUAUAAUAUGUAGAUAACUACAUACCAGUAUAUGUGUAUAUAUUUAAUUUUUAUUCAAACAUGUUUAUUAGUACCUACAUAUAUAAAAUAGUGCCAAAAAAGCAAAAAAAAAAAACACUUGAAAUUUAAAAUAAAAAAAAUAAUAUAACAUAUAUUUAUUGAAACUCCCCCCGAAAUUUUUUUCUGCGUUCGCCCCUGUUAAGAGCGACCUAAAUUUGUUGUUGUUACAUUGAUGACAGAUUUUUCCUAUGAUAUGUAGUUGCAAUACACUACUUACUGUUGAUUAUGAGUUGACGGUGUUUUUUUCAAUUGGGUCAUUAACUAAGGUAGUGGCUACGUAGUCAAUUUAUUCUGGUUGUCUAAAUGCAACUAAAAAAUGAGUUUUAAUAUGUUUUGCGCAUAAG